UCCCCCUCCUCCUCCUGCUCCUCCUCUCACAGGUGUUGUGGGUGAAAGCUUUCAGCAUAGUACAGACGAGAUCAGUGGACUGAAACUUCCCCUUGUGAGAGAUAAGCCAGUGACGGCCCAAGAAAAUGACUGCCGCAGAAUGUGGGACUCUGCCAGUUUUGAUUGCACCAUCUUCUGGAGAACAGGAACUAUGGCCACACCUGGGCUCCAGUGUGUCCCUGAAUUGUACACUGCGAUUCCUUGACUCAUGUAAUGCCAACCUAACCUGGCUGAAGAAUGGAAACCCAGCCCCAGAGGUGUACAGAGAACAGAGCUUCUGGAAUACCCUCAACAGCUCUGAAAGGUUCCUUUCCAGCAUCUUGAAUGUUAAUCUCACCACAGAAGAGGAUUAUGGGAACUUUACUUGCCAAUUGCAGACCGUUUAUGCCUCAUUUACUCUUCACAAAUCUGAUAAAGCCGGACACAUAGCGGCUGUCCUCUUCGCACUCUGCGUCCUUGCCAUUCUUGUUGUUGGUACCAUUCUAUAUAUCAAGUGUCGCCUGAAUGUACGUCUCUGGUACAGAGAUAAAUAUGCAGAUUUGGAAAUUAAUGAUGGACGUCUGUUCGAUGCUUAUGUCUCGUUCUGUCCUUCCAACAUUGACACGAAGUUCACAAACUUUAUCCUAAAACCCCAUUUGGAGAACAGAUAUGGGUACAAACUGCACUUGGAUGAGAGAAAUCUCCUGCCUAAUACAGAACCUUCUGCUGAGUUGCUUAUGAAUGUCAGCCGCUGCCGUCGAUUGAUAGUGAUUUUGUCACUAGCGUAUCUAGAGCAAGAAUGGUGUCAAAACAGCUUCAGGAAUGGUUUGUUACGGCUGCUGGAGCUUUCCCGCAGGCCGAUCUUUAUUCUGUUUGAGAACCAGUACAAGGAGCUGCCGGCAGAAGUCACCCAACUGCUGAAUUCCCGGAGAGGAUUACUAAAAAUGCUGCUUUGGAAGGCUGACUCUGUGUCUCCUGCAAGUGAUUUCUGGAAGGAGUUGCGCCUUGUUCUGCCUCGGAAAAUGGCUCUAUCAGAAGGGAGAGGGGACCCUCAACUACAGAAUCAAGAUGACAGGGAUCCCAUGUUGACUGUAAACAGUGAGACUGCAGAUCCUGACCCUGAUGGAGACCUAGGGGUCCGAAGGACUUUUUAUAAAGCUCCACCACCUCGGAUGGCUCCAGUGAGGCAAGUGGGAAACCAGGAGAACGCUGCAGAUGUAGACAUCUCCGACUUAGGAUCUCGGAACUACUCAGCCCGAGCAGAUUAUUACUGUCUGGUGACGGAUCCUGACGUUUAGAGGAAUGAGGGAAGAGACUGUAUAACAUGUAAAAAAAAAAAACAGCAAGAC